AGUGGCGGGUACGAGCAUUGCGCGCCCUCGAUGUAUCAUGCUCUCGUAGCCAGUUCACCUAUUCACAUGUAAAUGAGCCGUCGUAUAUACCCAGCACAUGCCCCCUUGGAGCAGCACUAACGAGCCCAGCCACUCUGCAAGCUUUGUUGGCCGCUGGGAUCGCCCGGCCAUCUGUCCCCCAUUGACGAGCUGUAACGGCUCUUUGGAUUUACACACCGACCUCCUCGUCCGGUGGGCUUCUGGCAGCGCUUGGGUUAAACUCCAACAACAUGGCCCCCAUUCGCAACAACACAAACGGAAUGGACAGAGGUGAUAACUGCAGUGGGGUCAAGUCUGACAGAAAGAUGAGGAAACCUCUGGUCGAGAAGAAAAGACGAGCCCGCAUCAAUGAAAGUUUACAAGAACUCAGAGUUCUCGUCGCGGACGCGGAUUUACAAUCAAAGAUGGAGAAUGCUGAGGUCCUGGAGAUGACAGUGAAACGAGUGGAGAGCAUCCUGAAAAACCGGGCUCAAGAAGUGGAUGCUGUGAACCGAGAGGCGUGUGAGCGGUUUGCUGCAGGCUACAUACAGUGUAUGCACGACGUGCACACUUUCGUGUCCAACUGCCCAGGUAUCGACCCAACAGAGGCCGCGGAGCUGUUGAACCACCUCCUGGAGAGCAUGCCCCUGAACGACGAGGACCGUCUCCGGGUGAUGCUGCCAGACACCGUGGCGGACUACCCCGGCAGCAACAGCACUUGGUCCCCGUCUGACCGCAUGUACACGUCCCUGGUGUCCCCAGCCCCUUCCACCACCUCCACCGAUGACCUCUGCUCUGACCUGGAUGAGACAGACUCAGAGCAGAGUCACGUCUCUUCUUCAGAGGAGACUGACGGCCAGGAUAUGUUGAGCUCGCCAUCUUUAACUUACUCCAAGUCAGUGUGGAGACCCUGGUAGACCAUUUAAAAAAGGAGUAGCAUGUUUAAAAGUAAAGUAGACAAUUUGUGGUAGGAUGUUGUGUGGGAUAGGCCUCAGUACAUGACAAAAACACUGCUGCGAUGAAACUUGUUAAAAGGCAUCUGAGAAGCUCUUUGUAAGAUUAUUCUGGAACUACAAUUAAACUAAAAUGUAUUUAAUAAAUAAAGUAUGUAAUUAAAUCUGUUUUGCAGAGUCAGUAGGGUCUUCAUUUGGAAGUGUAUUGGCCUUGUAUAGGCCUGCCUUCAGUGAAGGGGGUAAAUGCAUAUGUAAAUAUUUACUUGUUGAAUAUGACUGGGCUGUAUAGACGAUAGGUGUCUCACCAGAGAUGCAUUGUUAGCUAUGUGUAAAUUAUUCCUUGUUUAGGCUGUCUUUAACUUUGUAUUUAUACAUGUAAAAUGGCUGUUAGUGAGCUACCUCACCUGAUCUGCCUAAGUUUCAACUUCUCAAUAAAUAUCUUUUUUUGACAAAUUGU